AUGUCAACGGGUCCUGCUAUUGGCAUUGAUCUAGGAACCACCUUUUCCUGCGUCGGUGUUUUCCAACAUGGCAGAGUGGAAAUCAUAGCCAACGAUCAGGGUAAUCGCACAAUGCCCAGUUGUGUUGCCUUUACAGAUAAGGAACGUCUUAUCGGUGAAGCCGCAAAAACCCGGGCUGGCAUGAACCCCACCAACACAGUGUUCGACGUGAAGCGUCUGAUCGGACGCAGUUUCAACGAUGAAGCGUUGCAGGGCGACAUUAAGAAUUGGCCCUUCAAAGUUAUAAAUUCUGGUGAGAUACCGAAGAUCGAAGUACAGUAUUGUGGUGAAACAAAGCACUUCGUUGCGGAGGAGAUCUCAUCCAUGGUGCUGUCAAAGAUGAAGGAGACGGCGGAGGCCUACUUAGGCGAGGAAGUCACAAAUGCAGUGAUUACUGUGCCUGCGUACUUCAACGUCAAUCAACGAAAGGCCACAAUUGACGCGGGCAAAUUAGCUGGCUUAAAUGUACUGCGUCUCAUCAAUGAGCCGACGGCUGCUGCAAUUGCAUACGGCAUAAACAAGAGGAGCGACAAGCAGCGCAAUGUGCUCAUCUUCGAUUGGGGUGGUGGCACCUUCGACGUGUCCAUUCUGUCCAUCGAGAAUGGAAAAUUCGAGGUAAAGGCGGUUGGUGGUGACACGCACCUGGGUGGUGAGGACAUCGAUUCCCGUCUGGUGGAUCACCUUGUGGAGGCGUUCGAGCAAAAGCACAAGAGACAGGACUUGACAGGUAACAAGAAAGCCAUUGGCCGUCUGAGAAAGGCGUGCGAGACGGCAAAGAAGACACUGAGCUCGGCUGAGUGCACGAACAUAGAAGUGGAUUCGUUGUUUGAGGGUAUCGAUUUCAAUGUGAUCCUCACAAGGGCCCGACUUGAACAGUUGUGCUUGGACCUCUUCAGUCGGACGAUGAAUGCGGUGAAGACGGCAUUGAAUGAUGCGAAGUUAAAUAAGGCUGACAUCCACGAUAUAGUGUUGGUGGGUGGAUCGACGCGUAUUCCGAGAGUGCAGAAGAUGCUGCAGGAUUUCUUUAAUGGUAGGGAAUUAAAAAGGUCCGUCAACCCAGACGAGGCAGUGGCGUACGGUGCAGCGUUGCUGGCGGCCAAUCUGACUGGUGACGAGUCGAUGACAGUGGAGGAUUUGACGUUGAUGGAAGUGACACCACUUUCACUGGGUAUGGAGACGGAGGGUGGUGAGAUGUCGACGGUGAUAAAGCGUAACACGCGAAUUCCCACCAAGCAGGUAGGUUUUUACAAAACGUCUGCAGACAAUCAACGGAUGGCGUCGAUCAGGGUAUAUGAGGGUGAGCGCGCGAUGACGAGUAAGAACAGCUUGUUGGGUGAGUUUCUUCUGUCAGAUCUCCCAUUGGCACCUCGUGGUGAAACUAGAUUCGAAGCAGUCUUUGAAAUUGACGAAAAUGGCAUUCUCCAUGUAUCGGCGAUGGAAAUGUUGACAGGGAAGCAAAAUAGCAUCACCAUCACCAACUACAAGGGUCGUCUGUCGGAAGAAGAAAGAGCGCGAAUGCUGAAUGAUGCGGAGAAAUUCAAGCAGGAGGACGAGAAGCAGAGGAGUAGGAUGGCAGCGAAGAAUAGGUUAUUGGACUACAUCUACAGCAUAAAAAGGGAAUUGAGGAACGAAGAGGUAAAGCAGAGGACAUCGGAGGAAUAUCGACAAAAUAUACUUGAGAUGUGUGAGGACGCUAUCAAGUGGACAGACGCCGAGGAACAGGCAACAGAGGAGGACUACGAAUUAAUGCACAAGAAGUUUGAGAACGUGAGUAGCCUUAUCAUGGCAACGAAGCAACUUGGUUUGUAA